CCACGGGAGGGGGCCAACAUUUAUAUAACAUCUAUCAGGAAGGACCGACAAGACUCCACUAAAAAAAUUAAAUCAGGUAAAUCAGAACAUUGAAACGGUAGUAGUGUGUGAGAUGGUUUUCUUUGGUGAAUUAUGUGCAGCUGCGGUUUUGGGACUGAUCGCUAUAUGGCGAUACGUAUAUAACACUAAAACCAGAGGAUUACACAGAUACCCAGGACCACCGACACAUAUUCUUUUUGGAACUAUUGUUGACUUUUUUGACCGAAGUAAAUAUUUGGAUAUACUUUUUAAUUACCACGAAAAAUACGGUAAAGUUGUAAAAUUUCAAAUCGGCCCAUUUAAACAAGGAUUAAUUGUAAGUGAUUACAAGUUUUUGGAAUUCAUAUUAAGUUCAAGAAAAACCAUCGAGAAAUCAUCGCAAUAUACUUUUCUUCAUAACUGGUUAGGCCAAGGAUUACUUACUGCAGGAGGGGAUAAAUGGUACAAAAGACGAAAGGUUAUAACGCCAGCUUUUCAUUUUUCAAUACUAGAGGAGUUUAUAGAGGUUUUUGAAUCUGUUGGGAAUGUUUUUGUGGAGAAAAUUGGCCAGGAAAAAGAAAAAUUUAAUAUAUACCCAUAUGUUACCUUGUGUACCCUUGACGUAAUUUGUGAGGCUGCUAUGGGAGUUUCGGUGAAUGCCCAGCAGUACAACGAAAGCGAAUACGUAACAAGUGUUAAAAGACAAUGCAGAAUUAUGGUUAAAAGAUUAUUUUCUGCGGUAAAAUCAAACAAUUAUUUAUAUCUUCUAACAAAAGAUUGUAAAUAUGAAAAAAACGCCUUAAAGGUUUUACAUUCGUUUACAAAUUCCAUAAUAGAUCAAAAAUUGGAUGAAAUCAAAGCAAAUCCAGACCUUAAUAAAAAUAAUCAAGAUGAUGGAUUGGGAAGGAAGAAGAAAUUGGCGUUUUUGGAUUUGUUAUUGCAAUGUAAAAUUGAUGGAAAUCCACUGACAAGAAGUGACUUAAGGGAGGAAGUGGACACCUUUAUGUUUGAGGGUCAUGAUACCACGGGUUCCGCUAUAACAUUCUUAAUUUAUUCUUUGGCAACAAAUCCCGAAGUGCAACAAAAAGUUUUUGAAGAACAAAGGGAAAUUUUUGGCGAGGGCGAUAUAAAGAACGUUAAAGUAAGCCACAAAAACUUACUGGAAAUGAAAUAUUUAGAUUUGGUCAUCAAAGAAACAUUAAGAUUAUACCCAUCAGUGCCGUUUUAUGGCAGAGAACUUCUUGAAGAUAUUGAAUAUAAUGGAAGUAUUUUACCCAAAGGUUUAUCCAUAAUGCUUUUUGCUAUUGGAAGUCACAGAGAUCCAGAUUAUUUUCCUGAACCCAACGUGUUUAAACCAGAACGAUUUGAACACUAUGAUGGAAAGUAUAACUACGCAUACAUUCCUUUUAGUGCUGGACCAAGAAAUUGCAUUGGUCAAAAGUUUGCCAUCUUGGAGAUGAAGAGCAUUGCCUCAAAAGUAGUGAGGCAUUUUAACGUUUUAUCAGUUCCAGAUCAUAAGCUAGAAUUAAAUGUUGAAACCAUUUUAAUUUCGAAAUCUGGGGUAUACGUGUCUUUAAAACCUAGAGAUUAUUGUUAAGUUUGUAAUGUUUUUAAAUAUUAUUUAUUUUGUUUAUAUAAAAUUAAAUCUAUAACGAAAAUAUUGAUGUUUUAAUUAGU